AUGGCAUAUAAUCAUAGAAAUUAUAUGCAGUACAUUGAAGUUAAUAACAAGGAUCAUAAUUAUAGUGAAGUAAAAUUAGAUAACCUCCAACAUAGUGAUAACAUUACUCAAAAUAUAUGUGACAAUGAUGUUAAAGUAACUAAGUCUAGCAAAUCUGGAUUGACAUUGAAUAAAGAAACAUUUGGUCAGAUUAAAGAUAUUAAUGAAUUAAAAAAAAUAACACCACGUGUAAAAUUAUUGACUCACGAUGCAAAUAGUUUAAAUGAAUUAACCAAAAUUUCAUUGCACAAUAAAGUAUCUGCACAAAAAAAGUUAUCAAUAUUGGAGCAAACAAAACAGGAAUUAAAGAAGUAUUGUAGGACUUGUGCUGGUUUAAAACUUCCAUUAGUUGACAUUUUUAGUGAAAAGGGUAAUCAAAUGAGAUUAAGUCAACAAAUUAAACAUUUGGAAGACAUAAAUCCAUAUGACAGUUUGUCAACUCAAAUGUGUAUGGACUGUAUUUGUGACUUAAAAAUGAGUUAUAAAUUUUUUAUGCAAAUUAAGAAAGCAGAAGUUAAAUUGAAAUCCAUUCAUAUUACUCUAACUGAUACAGCAACAAAAAAUAUAGAAGCGAGCAAAAUACAACCUACAGAAAGUUCUGAGAAACAGAAAGAAAACAUUAUGGAGUGCAACGCAACAAAUCUAUUUCUAAAUAAAGAAAAUAAUGAACGGACAUGUGUACCAAAAAUAUCUGCAAUUUUUUCACUAAAAAAUGAACAAGAAUUUUUAAAAGUUGAAAAAGUAGAUUCUGUUGAAGAAUCAGAAAAUAAGACUGACCUUGAAAUUUUUAAAAAUUUAGUAGUUCAACAAAACAGUGAUGACAAUGAAUCUAUAGAAGAAUUUGAUCCAGAUGAUCCUCCUUUUCAGCCUGAUAGUUCUGAUACUGCAGAAUCUGAUGAUGAAGUAAAUAUUCAAACACAAAAUAUAAAAAAAUCAAAUACUCAACAGAAAGAAAAUAUUAAACAAUGUUCGCAACCAGUUUUUAUUUCUGAUAGUAAUUCAAUUCCAGAUAAAAGCACUGAUCUUCAUCAAACAACAUAUAACUAUGACACAUUUUUAAGAGCAUAUAUUAAAGUAGAAGACACAGAAAGUAACAAUCUGUCUACAGAACCACACAGCAUGAUUAAAUCUGAAACUAUAUGUAAUGUUGAAAGUGCAAAAGAAUGUUUGAAACAACCAAAUAUAUUAAAACGAAGACUUUUAUUACAAACUAAAAGAGACUUUACUGAAGAAACUGAUGAAAACAUUUGUCAGUCCAAUAUUUCUGAUAAAAUUGGAAGUCAUGAAGACUUUAAAGUACAAAAACUGAAUGUAAACAAUUCUUUGAACAUUAACAGUAAUCAGGAAGAUGGAAUCAUGUACGUUACUGUAAAAGGGUCUAAACCGAAUGAAAUAUUAUUAGUAAAAGUUAAAAAAAUGGAUAAACCAUUAGAGAAAAAGGAUGAUAAAUCUGUAGGAAAAAAGAAUUUUGAUAUCAAACCAAUGGAAAAAAUUUUAAAAAGGUAUGAAACUCUAGCUACUAAAGAAAAAGAUUUAUUUCCAGAACGAACAAAAAAAUCUGAAAUUAGAGGACAAAUUAUAGAAGAACAAAUAGAAGAAUACAAGAAAAAGCGAGAAAAAGUAUUAGGUGGGCAUGCCAAUAUUUCUCUUCCUGUAAAACUUGAAGAAAGUCAAACUCGUUACUUUAAACGCAAUGAGAAUCAAGAUAAUCAAAGAUCUUUUACACAUAUAGAAACUGAUUCUGUUGUAAACAUACAAUUUGAUAAAGAUAGUGAAUGUAAUGCAAAUAUUAAAGUUGAAAAUGAUAUUUCAGAAAUUGUAGAACCAGUCAAGGAAAAACUCACUAAUGAAAAAACGUAUGUAAAUACUGAAGAAUAUUUAUCGCGUUUAGCAAAACUUAAAUUGAAAUGGGAAGAAGUAAAAAAGAAGAAAGAAUUUCUUCAAAAAGAACUUGAUGAAUCUUAUACAGAAGGAAAUAUAGAAAAAUUGGCAAGAAUUUUGGGAGAGAAAGAAAAGAACUUGCAAGAUUUCCAAGAUUAUUUAAAACAACGUAAGAUUGUAAUUACAAGAUUAAAGGAUGAGGAUAUCAUUUCCCUUUAUGAAGACAGAAAUAAUGCAGUGCUUAAAAAUAGUUUACCUGACUUAAUAGAUGAAAGCCAACCAGCAGAUUAUAUUCCAGAAGAACAUUAUUUGGAAUGUGAUUAUUGCCCAGAAACAUUUGCUUCUAAAGAUGUACUUGAAGAACAUUUGAAAAUGCAUGAUUAUAAAAUUAUGCAUUUUUGUGAAGAUUGCAUGGAAGAAUUUCCAACAAAUAAAGCAAAAAGAAAUCAUAAUGUAAUUUGUAUAAAAAAAUUAUUAUGUAAAUAUUGUGACAUGAUGUUAGAUUCAAAAGGGAAGAAACGUCAGCAUGAACAAAAACAUUGUGACAGUUUAUAUGGACAAUUAUGUGAUAUAUGUGGUGAAAAGUUUAAACAUCAAGGAACAUUAGACCAACAUGUAAAAACACAACACAUGAGUUGGGAGAAAAUAUAUCAAUGUCCAAAAUGUCCUAAAAAGUUUGCAUUCAAACAAAAACUUAGUUUUCAUCUAAAAUCUGUACACACAACAUUAAGGGCAUACUUGUGUGAAGAUUGUGGUGCAGAUUUUAAAAAUCCUGCAAGUCUUAGACAUCAUAGAAUACGUAAACAUCAACCAGUAGGUAAUAAAAGGGAAUGUCCAGUUUGCCAUAAAUUAGUGCCGUUUUAUAGCCUUUCUAAGCAUAUGCAUACUCAUAAAGCAUAUACUAUUGAGUGUCCACAUUGUGACAAAAUGUUUAAAAAUAGUUCAACUUUAAAACAACAUGUAAGAAUUCAUGAAGAUCAACGUCAAUAUCGAUGUGAUACCUGUGGUGUUGGAUUUAACAGACGGGAUGGCUUAAGGUUACAUAUGAGAGUGCAUGAAAAAACUGAUAGUAGAGGAUUGAAAGAAUGUUCAUGUCAAGUAUGUGGUGAAAAGUUUCCAAAUCAUUCAAUGCUCGUUAUACAUAGAAAUAGAGUUCACAAAGAUGGUAGGCAAUACACAUGUCAUAUAUGUAACAGAUCAAUGAUUUCAACUAGAUCAUUAGAAUGGCAUAUGUCUCACAUACAUAAUGAAUCACUUCCUGGUGUUAUAAAGGAAGAUAUGGAUGGACCACCAGAAAAGAAAAGAGCAUCAUGCUACCAUUGUAAUAAGACAUUCAAAACAGAAAUGAUUUUAAGAACACAUAUUAAAAACACACAUAUGGAAAAAGACCCUAUGAAAUGUUUAGAUUGUGAGUUAACAUUUACUUCUGAAGUUAGAUUAAGACACCAUAUGAUGGUGACCCAUAACAGACUAGAGGGAACUUUACCAUGCCCACAUUGUCCAAAAAGGUUUGUAAAUCAACUUAGGUUAAAGACUCAUAUGAUAUCUCACUCUGAAGAAAGGCCAUAUACUUGUGAAAUUUGUGGAUUUAAUUUAAAAACUAAGAUACAGUUGAUUAAGCAUCAUCAAAAUAGGCAUAGUGAUGAAAGACCUUUACAAUGUAGAUAUUGUCCUUGGAGAUGUAAACAAGUUAGUGCUCUUGUAUGUCAUGAAAGAACACAUACAAAUGAGCGACCAUACUCUUGUAGUGUGUGUAGGCAACGUUUUAAAUAUUUAGGUGAUAAGAAUAAACAUGAAAGGAGACAUGAAAGUUUGGGUGGAUCUGGAUUUAAAAGAAUUGUACUUGGUCGAAAUAUCAAAGCUAAAGUACAAGAAGAUUCUUCUUGUUCUGAGCAUGAACAAGAAGGUUUAACUAAUACAGAACAUCAAGUUCCUGAAGGCCAAUACCAAGAACAAGCAGAUCAACAAUUUGAAGAACAGAUAGUUAAGUUUGAAGAACAAGAAAUAGUAAAGUUUGAAGAACAGGAAAUAGCAGAAGAGUAUGAGCAAGUAUACGAGCAGGUAAAAAUACUUUAUGGACAUUUUAUUGAAUACGAAGAAACAUCCAGAGAGGCUUCGGAUGCAGCAGAAGUUAUAAUGAAUAUGGAAGAUACUGUUUAUACAGAAGAAGUGGCUGCAGAUAAUAUUGAACCUGCAGAAAUUAUGACAGAUGAAAUGAUGACAAAUGAAAUAUUACAAUCAGGUGCUGUAGUUCAUUUGCAACAAGAAGAUGAUUCAGGAAAAAUACAAGUUAUACCAGUGAUGUUAUCCUUGCCCGAUUUAUCUGAUGCAAAUACAGAAGUCAAUCUAGCUACAGCAUCCAUUAUGUAUAAUAAUUAA